CCUCCUCAGCCCCCUACUCAGUGAAGGCCCAGCUUGGGACAUUCCUCGCUUCUCUCCGCUUCCCCUCUGGGAGCCCUUUCACCGUCCCUGCACCUUGCUUCUGGCAAUGCCGGAGAGGGAACUGUGGCCAGAGGGCCCUGGCUCGGAACCCGCGACCCACAUCGGCAGCUGGGACAGCAUGACGAGCACCACCUCCACCCGCUCUGGAUCUAGCGACAGCUACGACUUCCUGUCCGCUGAGGAGAAGGAGUGUUUGCUCUUCCUGGAGGAGACCAUUGGCUCCCUGGACACUGAGGCUGACAGCGGACUGUCCACGGACGAAUCAGAGCAAGGCACAACUCCCCAGAGUCCCCGCGCACUGCCCACACUCCAGCCGGCUCCCCGGGGACAAUCAGAGGAGACCAUCACUCAGCAAAGACUAGAGCCAAAGAGAGCGACUCAGUCCAGCUUACCCCAUCUGCCUGAACCCCAAGGCCUGGGCUUCAGAUCCGGCUCCUACAGCCUCCCCAGAAAUAUCCAUAUUGGUAGAAACCAGAACUCCUGGAAGAGCACCACCCAGACUAAUAGCCACCUGCCUGGGAACCCUGAGCGGCUCACCCCAGACCCUGAGAGAGAGCAGGUGAGCCAGAGCAGGGAGCCUAGCCAGGCUCCGGCCGGGCCCCGGGAGGCUGUGCUCGACCUGGACACAGCUCUCAUCCCCCCUCCAGAGGCCUUCCGGGACUCCCAGCCAGGGCAGUGCGGGGAAGACAGCCUGCCCAAAGGGCCAGGGCAGAAGACCCCCGCGCCCCAGCUCCUCACGGCACUCGGCCCCCAGAAGAGAAAGGAGACUGUUUCAGAGACCAUGUCCCAACAGGCCAACGAGAAAGGCUUAGCAGGGGCACCAGGACAACCUCUGCCGCCUCCUGCCCUGUCGUCUCAGGCUGCCUCUGCUCCCCCCCCAUCAGCGGGGACUCCACAUGCCCAGUUGGCUCCCCUGACAGCGCCUAAGCCCCGGAAGCUGCCACCUAAUAUUGUUCUUAAGAGCAGCCGAAGCAGUUUCCACAGCGACCCCCAGAGCUGGCUGGGCCGUCACUCUGAGGCGGCCACUGGAGACUCGGGCCUGGUCUCCUCGUCACUGCAGGAGCAGAGGAAAGCCCGCAAAGAAGCUCUAGAGAAGCUGGGGCUACCCCAGGACCAAGAUAAGCCCAGCCCCCACUUAAGUAAGCCCACCAGCUCCAUCAGACUCGGGGGGACGCGUACUCAGACCCCUUCCCCAGCUCUCGCUCCUACUCUGGCUCAGCCUGCAACUCAGGGCUCAUCAGCUGUGCCUGCUGCAGGGAAGUCUUCAGCUCCUGCUCCAGCCCGAGGACCUUCUCCAAUGAAGGCUCCAGCUCCAGCUCCAGCGUCUUCUCCAGGCAAGGUUUUCACUCCUGCCCAGGAACCCACCCCAGGGAAGGUUCCAGCCGCCAAAUCCAUGCCAAUUCCCAUCCCUACAGCCCCAGGGGUAAAUAGUCCCCUGACUCAGCCAAAGCCAAACGCUGGGCUGACUCUGCAGGAGAGCAGCAUCCCUGGCCUGAGACAGAUGAACUUCAAGUCCAACACCCUGGAGCGCUCAGGCGUGGGGCUGAGCAGCUACCUCUCCGCCGAGAAAGACCCCAGCUCCAAAACCAGCACCUCCCUGGGAAAAGACUCCUUCUUGAACAAGAUCUCACCCAGUGUCUUGCGUAAUUCCCGGCCCCGCCCUGCCUCCCUGGGCACAGGGAAGGACUUUGCAGGCAUCCGGGUGGGCAAGCUGGCUGACCAGGAGCAGAAGCAGAGCUCCAAGCGCCUGUCUUACCAGGGACAGGGCCGUGACAAACUGCCUCGACCCACCUGUGUCAGUGUCAAGAUUUCCCCCAAAGGCAUCCCUGAUGAGCACAGAAAGGAGGCUCUGAAGAAGCUAGGACUGUGGAAGGAGUAAAGUAGGCCACCAGCGCUGCCCGCACAACCUCCUCCCUGCCUCCUGCCGUACAAGACACUCGGCUCCACCUAGGAGCCUUGCCCACCUCACUGUGACUCGGGGGUUGGGCAGGGGUAGGUUUCUCUCCGAUGCUGUGCUCUCUGAGGUGAAGGGGAAGGAGAGAUUGGAGUCCAAGCCUACGCUUAUAUUUAGGGUGUUUUUGCCAAUGAGUACCUGAAUGAAUCAUCCUGAAGAUGAUGUCCACAAAAGUGUGUGUGUGUGUGCGUGUGCGUGUGAGUGUGUGUGUGUGUGUGUUUUAGGCUGUAUAUAUCACUGAAGCUAUUUAUAUGGCACAGAAGUCAUUGCUGAGAAUUCUGCUCAUGUUGGAGAUCUUUGUACACUGGGUAGAGUUCAGCCUGAGCAGAACUGAGUGGAGAGGGGUGGCUAAGCCUUAGAAAAAAUGUCAGAUGAGACCAUGGAUGUGCCAAUGGCAUUAGGCAAAUGUAGUGUCACCUGAAAUGUGGGUCUCCUGGAAUUCCUGCAGUGCAUACAGACUGGCUCACGCCCUGCUGGAUCCCUGUCUUGGUUCUGGCCUUCUGGGCAAGAGCCUGGGGCCAAGAGGAGUUGCUUUGUUGUCUCUUCACCAGCUUCCUUGUCCCUGUCACCCGUCCCAAGAACAGGACUUGUUCCUGUAACUAAACCUCUGGGCUGAUUGAGAACGGCAGAGCUCUUGUUGGUCUGAGAAAGAAGGAUAAGUGACCCAACAGCACACCUCCCCUGGGGAGGGUCCUUGUCCAUGGACUCAAUAAAUUCAGCGAUAAUCUGUGUUGUGGCCCCUGCUUCUGUGAUUCCUGCUCCCUGUCUCAGGCUGCUCAUGACCGACCCCAGCACUGGGCCAACAUGGAGAUGGGAGCCGGAGCCCAGAGGCUGCCAGACUCCCAGCACCGAAGAGCUGUUUCGGGCUCGCCCACGCGGCUGCAAGUAGUUCUUAACUGCUCAGCGCCCAUGGACAAAUCAACCCCAUACGUUCUCUGCUAGUUAUUCAUAGAGUAUCAGAGCUGGGAGGGGCCUUGGAGAUGCUCAAAUCCAACUUUGUUGGGGAAGGAAAGUGACUCAUCCAUGGCCAAUGCCGCUUAGUAACAGCGCUGGGACCAGAGCUGGGCUCCUGAUCCCCAUCCAGGCUGCAGGCUGCCUCCCCGCAAGCAGUACUUGUGCGCAUCCAUACAGCUCCCCAAUGGCCCUUCCAGAUCCUGAAGUGUCUCCCGAAACA